AUGUCAAGCUUUGGUUGGCCGAUUUUCAAUCUCGCUGGGCCUGGCAAGAAAAUCGCAGCCCAACUAGAAAUAUAUGGAUUGUGGAAGCUCUGGAUUCCGUCUCUUUCCAUCGCCAGCAACGGCUAUGCCUCUUGGCUCUUAGAUAUGAACAGAGAAGGACUUCUUUUGCUCGAGAUUGUAUCUGAAAUUCAUAUGGAUAAUGGGCUUGAUGCAGUGAAGUGUUAG